UUAACAGGGAAUGGAUCUGCAUGGGCAGAACUGUGCACCAUGUAAGGGCCAGCUGGCACUGUCCUGUAGCUGUCACAGAAAUGUCUCCAGCCUCCUUCUGCAAAGCUCCAUAACCAGGUCUGGUCAGUGUGGGAACUUGUGUGUGAGAGAAAGAAGAAGAAUGGAGAAGUCCAGGAAAACAUUUAUUAGUAUGGUAGAUAAGGCAAUAGCAGCUGCCAACUCAAUGCGUCCUGAUGAACUGCUCUUUUCUUACAAGGGAAUUCUCUACCCUACUACUGUUUGCAGUCCUGAAAUUUUCAAAGCCUUGGAGUCCUUUGAAGCCAGAAGGGAUGAUGUAAUUUUGGCAGGAUAUCCUAAAUCUGGCACAAACUGGCUAAGUCAAAUCUUAACUGAUCUGAUAGCCAUAUCUCAAAAGAAAACACCUGGUAGUGAAAGCAGUGUGAAUGCUGAAGAACCAGAAGAAUUCCCCUACCUUGAAGUUGGAGAUGCUGAGAAAUAUGAGCGAAUGACCAAAUUACCUUCUCCAAGAUUUAUGGCUACUCAUCUCCGUCCUGAAAAUCUUCCCAAAUCUAUCUUCCAAAACAAUGCCAAGAUAUUGUUACUGAUUCGUAAUCCAAAAGAUGUUGCUACAUCUUUCUACCACUUUUGCAAUGGCCUGCCUACUCUUCCCACCUAUGAGACCUGGGAUGAUUUCUUCACAGAUUUCAUGACAAAGAAAAUGGCCUGGGGAUGCUAUUUUGAAUACCUCUCUGAAUGGAACAAAUAUGCUGACAAAGAAAAUAUUAUGACAAUAACUUAUGAAGAGGUAAAAGAGAAUCCUGCCCUGAGUGUGAAAAACAUAGCCACGUUCUUUGGAAUUCCUCUGACUGAGGAACAGCUCCAGCUGGUACUAGACAGGAGCAGCUUCCAGUCCAUGAAGAAAAACUCAGACAAGACCCAUGGGUCACUUGGCAAUGUUCUCUUUCGCAAAGGUGGUGUAAGUGACUGGAAGAAUCUUUUCACUGAAGAUCAGAAUGAGAAAAUGGACAAAGCAUUUGAAGAACAUAUAGCAGGAACAAAACUUGGGAAAAAGUUGAAGUAUGACUUGUACUGCAAAGCCUGAAGACAAAUGAAAUAUGGUUAGAAUAAGAACUUUGCAAGGCAGACUCUGACCAUCUGAAUGCUUUACACUGGAAACCUAGAUCAAAGGAUCUAAGCACCUUAGAAUUGCUGUAAUAGUCAUUGCUGCAGCCUUUACAGUGACACUGAUAAGUGAUGAACAUUUUGUUUUGUGGUGAGAUCUUUGGCUACAUCCAUUUCCUGAAGAGGAUGUCAACUAAUCAUAUUUACAAAAACUCAACAGCCCUUUUCCAGCUGUCACCUGGAAGAAAAUGCCUCUUUUCUUUCUAGACACAUUCUGACUUCAUAGAUGAUUUCUAAUUAUUUAGUAUGCAGAUUAUUUUUUCUUCAAAAAUGUUUCAAAUCAAUCAACAUCUUCACAGAAAAUAUCACUGGCCAAAAUAUGGAUAUGACAGAAGCUUUAUGACAAACAAGAUCAUCCAUGAAUUUGGCACAAAUUGAAUCAAAGCUAGAGAAAGCUGAAAGAAGGGGAAAAUGGAUCAGCAUCCUUAAGGCUCUUCAUCUUUCUAAAUGCAAAAUACCAAGAUGGAUUUCAGAUUAUGGGCUGAAGUUAACAGCCAAGAGUCACUUGAAAGCACUCCUUUCUAGAGAAUCACAGACCAGCCCAGGUUGGAAGAGACCUUGAAAAAUCAUCUGGUACAACCUUUCAUGGGAAAGGGAGCCUGGAUGAGAUUCUAUCUGGAUAUCAUAUCUCGAAAACCUCCAGUGAUGA